AAACAAAAACUCCCAUUAUUUCGUUUCUCAGAACAAAAACUUAAAAAGUAACCAUCGUGACAAAAUGGUCUGCAAAGGAUGCAACAACAAAUGCCAAUGCUCCACAACAAAAUGUGGCGAUAACUGUGCCUGCAACCAGGAAUGCAAGAAUGGACCCAAGGAUCAAUGCUGCUCAAAUAAAAAUUAAUUUUGGAAAUCUUAUAAAAUAUGUGGAAAGUGUAGAGAAAAAUAUAUGAAACCAUACUUAUAAAAGAAUAAAAUAAUUUUAUUAAAGCAAAUUUUAUCCAUAGGCAAAUUUUUUCUUGGUUGGGAUUGGAACCACACCUACAAAAAUCGGAGAUGAAUUGUGGUAUAUAUCCUGGAACUUAGUAGUUUUGCAAUACUUAACUU